AUGCAAUUACGUUGCCAAUUGGGCGGUGAUGCAAUUGAACGUUGGCGUCUUCUGAUGGGAGCGUCUAAGUUUUUGCGAACGAUGCAAGAUGUGAAACGAGAAUCACUGAGGGCGCAAUUCGCCAUUUCGGAUACGCGUAAUCUCGUGCAUGGUGCAGAUUCGCAACAGAGUGCUCACAAUGAGAUGCAGCUCUUCGAGCCAUAUCCCCCAUUGCUAAAUCCAUAUGAACUCAUCGCUUCAUCACAUCCACUCUUUCCAUGA